AUUUGUUUCAAAAUGCUCUAAUUUGAUGAGAAACAUACAGAAAACAACUUUUUUUUUUAAAAAAAAAAGAUACAUUUUUGAGAAAAGAAAUUCCAAAAUCUUUCAUUAUAUUUGCGUACAUCUAACCAUAAAUGACAUGCUAAGUUUGGAUUUGGUUGAAACAUUUCAAAAGAACAAUUAGAAAUGAAUAAUAAAAAACAUUUCAACAAUCAAAAAAAACAAUGGCCUCAGUUAAAAAAUAAAAUACAAAUUAUUACAAAUAAUAAACAUACAACAUAUAUAAUAUAUAGGUGCCGACCCUGUUGCAGAAAGUGUUCCUGCAGGGGGCGACAGAGCAGAGACAGCAGCUUUCCUAGUAGUAGAAGAACAAGGGACACCUGACUAGCAGCAGAACGGAAAACAUGGCGGCACCACUGAGCAGCGUUGGUCGUCUCUGUUCCCUGACAGGGCGAACCUUCGCCCCGGUGUUGGCUGCACACAGCUGGAGGUCCGUGUGUCCUGCAGCGAGGAGGAGCUACAUCACCGCCUCCACCGGCAGCAACGUGCAGUUCAAACUGGACGAGAGAACAGCCCACAGCAGCCUGGACCUCUUCAAGAAAGACACCGGUAUCAUCUACCGCAUGCUGGGCCUGGACCCAAGCCAGGUCCAAGACAACCCGGAGAGAUUCCGAGACUGGGCCGUGGUCUUCGGGGAUCAGAAGGUCAGCGGCGGACGACACUACUGGGAGGUGACGGUCAAGAAGUCCCUGGAGUUCCGUCUGGGCGCGGCCGAGGCGCUGAUGUCCAGAGACGACUGCGUGGGCACCAACGCCUCCUCCUGGGUGUUUGGAUUCGCUCAGCGGAAGUGGUUUGCCAUGACCAACAAUAAGGCGGUCCCCGUGGCGCUGGUCGGGAAGCCCGACCGCGUGGGCAUCCUGCUCGACUACGAGGCGGGGCUCCUGGGGCUGGUGGAUGUGGAGAAACCCAGGAUCAUCCACAGCUUCAGGGCCAAAUUCCACGCUCCUCUUUGCCCUGCGUUCGGACUCUGGGACGGGGAGCUGCUCACGCACUGUGACGUGGAGGAGCCCGCGGGCCUGCACUGACGCUGUGUUUGUGGUUCGUUCGUUUGUUGACCCGGGCAGCAGUCGGCACCGCUGCACCACCUGGUUGGAAUUAAAGCAAAAUCCUCCUCGGGAGUCGCUGUAACCACUGGUGAUGGCUCAUUUCUGAUUGGCCAAGAGAGAGAGACCUGUAUCCCUGCAGAAGACGUUGGUUUUUUUUUUUUGGACCUGCACUGUUAAAAAAAAAAAAAGAAAAUAGAAUGUGACACGGACGUGAUGCACUGGUGCUCUCCUUCACACUCAGACUUUCACAGCAGUUGUGUUUUUCCUGUAUUACCUCAUAUCAGAACAGAUGGUGUUUUUAUAUCGACCACUUUCAGUUUCUAUUUUUUUUUUUUUUUCCUCUUCAGCCAGGACGUUAACCUCAUAUCCAGACUACAUUCUAUAAAGUAAGUGUCAUCAGAACUGGCUUCAUCGUUGUCUUUAUGAACAAGAUACAAGUUUGAAAAUAAAUUUAAAAAAUUUGCCAAAA